AUUUUCGUGCGCGAUCCAGUAACAGAAGGUGCUACGUAGGACUUUGUUACUUUGUUCUGUGUGUGUCGUCGAUCUACGAGAAUCGUGUGUAUUUUUGUGCUCGUUUGAAUUUUUCGUAAAAAUGUUGCAGCAGGCAGCAAUGUCAACUUUUAGUCCUCAUUAAAAAUGUGGUUUGAAACUCAAAACUGUGCCAUGAUGGGUUUGCAGACAACGACAGGAGUAGCAGCAGGCGGUGGAGGAUCGGGAUGUAAGAGAAAAUUAGAGGCAGCAACCGCUCCGGCGGACUCGUCGACGCCUCCGGCAAAGACAGGACGUUGGGAAGCGGACGAUUGUAUAGCACGUCUCCAAGCUGUGGCGGUCCCUACAGCGGACGCUUGGAGGACACCGACGCCUUCGUUAGCCGCCUCCCUACUCACUACUUCAUCGACUGGCGUGGAAGCCGUCACUACGACGCUAGACGACGACUUUGACGACGAGGAAUUCGACGAUGAAUUAUCGGACGAUGAAAAAUGUGGAAGUAGCAAUGCCGUGCCUGAACCAGCCAGAUUUAGCCCGUACCAGUAUAGUAGGUUUCAAACCCAAACAGACUACUGGCAGUACUACCAACCUCCACAACAACAAACAAUAAGGUGCGAAGAAAACGGCAAAAGUUAUCUUGAGUUAGGUGCUUCUCCUCCGGCUAGGACGCGUUGUUGUGACGGUAGGACGAGGUGGUGUCACGUACCAUGUUAUCGACAAAGACGUUUAGCAGUUUUAAAUCUUUCAAUGUGCAAAUUAGCCAGGUAUAGACAAUGUUCGGAUCCGUCUCUGCGUAGAUCGGUACUUAUAUGUAACACCUUGAGGAGAUUGGAAAGAGAAAUGGAGUCUGAACCGCCGGAACCUAGUUAUCCAUCGUUACCAGCUCUAUCUCCUAUCAAUAUACAGGAAACAAAUUACGAACAAAGUCUUAGAGACAUGAACUGUUCGGGAAGAGCGACUCCAUUCCCAUCUAACCCGCCAGAUACAGAUUCUGGUUUAGGAGAUGACGAAACAACGAGACCGAUCAAUUGGGGAUCCGUUUUGAGUCUAACAAGUCAAACCGACUUGGAAUCGCUCAACAACAAUGAACUUUAUGCAGAACUCGGACUUACCAAUAGUGAAAAUAGUGAAUGGAAAGAAAGUGUACGGACUGAGACCGAAUGGGACGGAUUUAUGCAUGUUUUAGUUGGAAGUACGUAGCAUUAAGUAGCUACUUAGUAUUAAAGGUCAGAUGAUUUUUCCAAAAAAAAAUCCAGAAUGAUAUUUUUCAUGUACUGGCCUACCUUACUCAGGUUGUGAUUUUAAUAGUUAGAAAGCAAAUGAAGAAUGGUGCGUGUGAGAAUGUGCAGCUAAAAUGAUAUUUUACAUUGUAUAGAAAGGACGAACAAGGAGUACGGAAGCCUAUUAAACAGGAUACUUAACAAUCUUUAUUUCUUUUGGUUUAUCGGAUCUCUUUUCAACAGUAUAUUAACCAAAAGAAAAUACGAGUACCAAUAUUAGUUUAUUUUUGACCACUUUGAAUACAAUAUAAGUUUAUUUUCUCUCUUAAACUCACAAAUAUGAUAUGCUAUAAAAAUUAUUUUCUUUUGGUUGAUAUUUAUGCAAAAAAACGCUCAAUUUAUUAAACACAGCAUAGGAAAACUAUCGAAGAAUGUGUAUUGAUUAUUUCAAUUAAAUUUUGAACUAAAUUAUGAUAAUUAUUUGAACAACAAUGAAAUUAUAAUUUCAGGAUUGCAUGCGAUUUUCAUUACAAUCAUUUUCUUGCAAGUCCAAUCACCAGGUACUUUCCUUAUGGUUUUCUGUAGCUUCUUCGACUUCUUUUUUCCUAAUUUUUCAAUUGGGAUCUUUCUUGAUGUCUCGUAUUUCAUCUAAUAUAUCCUAUAAUUUUUUUUUUCAAAAAACUUAAAAACCUUUUCUUUAACUAAUAACAGUUGAUAGAGUCAAAGUUUCUGUAAUUUUGUGAAUUUGCCAAUAAAUUCCAAUAUCCAUUCACCAGGUGCUUUUCUUGUGAUUUUCUGUGGCUUCUUCAACAUCUUGUUUCUAAUUUUUUUUUGGAAACUGUCUUAACAUUUUGUAUUUCAUGUGAUAGUUAAAAUCUCUCUAAUUUUGUAGAUUUGGCAACAAUUUCCAAAGUCCAAGGACCAGGUGCUUUCCUUGUGAUUUUCUGUGGCUUCUUCGACUUCUUUUUUUAAAUUUUUUAUUGGAACUGUCUUUAACAUUUUGUAUUUUAUGUAAUAGUCCAAAUCUCUGUAAUUUUGUAGGUUUGGCAACAGUUUCCAAAGUCUAUUCACUAGGUGCUUUCCUCAUGGUUUUCUUCAGCUUCUUCGUUCUUUAUCAUGUCAUGUCAUGUAACAAAUUUCAAAAUGCAAUCAAAAAAUUAAAAUUUCUUUUUUUGGAAAAUAAAGUUACAUAAGAUAGUCCGGCCCUGAUGUUUCUCAAGUGCCAUAAUAUAAAAAUUUCAUAUAUUGAAAAUUUGUCUCAGUGUACUCAUUCUCUCCAUAAAAUUUUAUUGCCCUGGAAACAACUUCGUAUGAAAAUGUUAUCCGCGCCAGUCCGGCCCUGCUGUUCGUCAAGUAUCAAAUUUCGAACUGCUAUUAAAAAAUGAAAAUUUCUCAAUCUUAUGAAAAUAAAGUUUCAUAAGAUAGUCCGAUGUUUUUUAAGUCUAAAAAUUUCAAAUAUAGAAAAUUUGUAUCCGUGUACUAAUUCUCUCCUUAAAAUUUUAUUGCCCUAAAAACAACUUCCAUAUGAAAAAGUUAUCCGCGCAAGUCCGGCCCUGCUAUAACGUGCAUUAGAAAUUCCGAUAUGAAGUUUCUUUCUACUUUGGAAAAUAAAGGUUCACAUAUUAUCUCUCAUAUAUCUCUAUAGAAAACAGUUUUUAGUGUACUCUUUUGGGUCAUCGGUACCAAAAAAAUUUUUCAUCAGUAGAUUGUCACUUUUCUUUUGUUUACAUCUUUCUAGUGAAAAUAUUGUCCGUGUAAGUCUCUUCCUGAUUAUUGUCCAGUAACGUACACUGAAAGUUUCAAGAUGCCAUUAAAUAUUAAAAAUAUCUUUAGAAAAUAAAGUUCUUAUUAUAAUCCGGCCCUGAUGUUUAUAAAUAUGCCAUUAAAAAGGAAGAAAUGAUAUUCUUACAUGUAUACUAAUAGAAAAAUUUUUCUUAGUGUAUUCUAUUUAAAAUCCUAUCCCUUAUUCUGAGAAACAUUCUAACCAUUCCGGUCCUGUCGUUUUUGUGACAUUGUCCAGUGCACUCUUCAAGUGAAAUACUCUAGAUAUGUCGAUAUACAAUUAGAAAAUGAAGUUUCUUUUCAACUUUCUUCUUCCAAAAAUGAAGUUUCUUGUGAUAUUAUUUCUAUUGAGGUGAAAACAGGUUGAAAACGAAUGAAAUAAAUACCUUAAGGUUUUAAAAGAGUUGAAAGCUGAAAUUGUAUGGAAUUAUAAGUGUUUUAAUUCUCAAUGGACUGACUCGGAGAAAAUACGACGUUGUGAACCUGCUACAUAUAACAGUUCGAAACAGCAGGCCCGGACUGGCUCGGAGGAAUGAUACCGUUGUGAGCUAGCUACUUGUAACAGUUCUAAACAGCAGGUGCGUACUUGCCCGUCAAAAAGAUACCGUUGUGAACCAGCUACUUAUAGUCGAAACAGCAGGCCCGGACUGGGUGGGACGCUUUUAAAGACGGUAUAAUUUGCUAGGGGUAUUAUGAUUUAUUACUAUUUAGUUUGCUCAUUCGUAUUGAAUAUUAAUUAUCUAAUUUAAUAUUUUCCAAGGAAGAAAAAAAUGGAAAUAUAUGAAAAAAUGGUUUUGUUUGUGGCAGAAAAUAUAUUGAAACGAAAUGACUUUUUAAAGUAAAAAAUUAUUUUAAAAUUCGUAUUUGGUCAUAGAAAUUUUCGUUUUAUGCCAAUUUUAAUUUUUCAGGAAUCGGAUGAGGAUAUCGGUUCCUCUUAAAUCAAUUUCUUCUUGUUUCUAAUAUUUGAAUCGUCCUCUAAAUUUUCAAUUUUUCUUCUACUUUUUUUUUAAAUUAGUUACAUAAUUUAGAAACUUUAUUGAAAAUAUUUUUUAAAAAAAGUAAUAAUCAAGUGAACAAAAUGUGUUAGAUUAGACUAAAAUCGAUGAAGUACUAUGCUGUGGGGCUCAAAAAAUUUAGAUUUAUUUUUUAUUUAUAACGAAACGGUCCCGUAGAAGGGCAUUCCUUUGUAAAUAUUGGAAUUGUGAAAAAAAGAACAAAACUGUGCAUAUUGUACAUAAGAGGAAUUAUAUUCUAAUUAGGUCUAUAUUUGUAAAUACUUAAUAUAUAUGUUAUUACAUACUUUAAAGAUUGUGUAAAAAUAAUUUUAUCCAGAAAAAAAUUGGCAAUAUGGUUCUACAUUAUUCAAAUUAACUUCCGAGCUUGUUUUUUAGAAUAUUUUCAAUGCUGUGAGAUUUUUUUUUUCAAUAAAAAGUGCAGAAAUUAAAUUUUAUCUUAUUCGAAAGUAUGCUUUCAGUACUCUUACUAUAUGGUUCUCCUUCUUAAGAUCUAAAAUCCUACCAUGGAACCUUUCAUUUAUGUUAAAAACAUUAUAGAAACAAAUUGAAAAGUUCUUAUUGAAGUUUAUGAGGCAACUAAUAUACUCUUCUUAUUCAUUAUUAUCUUGUGUACUGUUGAUGUUUGUAUCAUUUCUUCAAAGAUGGAUAAUCAACUGUUUUUUCAUGUUACGGAAGGUUUCCAGGUAGCCUCUUCUGGUUUUCUUCCUAAGGCUGGACGUAAGUUUCUUCUGAAUUUUCUUCUUCAGAGCUGUAUGCUCUUAUCAAAUUUCUUCUUAGAUUAUGGAAUUUCUUCUGAAAUGUCUGUAUUGGAAAAUAGUUUCUUUAUAGAAAAUUUUUCUUAUUUAGAAAUAACUUUGUCUGGAAAUCAAGUUAUCUCCGAAAUGUGUCUUAAGGUAUAAAAUCCUACCUCAUCUAUGUUAAAAAACUAUACAAAUACAUCGAAAAGUUCUUAUCGGCAAAGUUCUUAUUUCAUCAAUUCAAAAUAUUACUUGUAAUUUAAUUAGACAACUAAUAUAUUCUUCUCUUUCAUGAUUAUCUUGUGUACUGUUCAUUUUUGUAUAAUUUCUUCAAAGGUGGAUAAUCAUCACUCCUGGUUUUCUUUCUAAGGCUGGGCUUGUGUUUGUUCUGAAAUUUCUUCGUUAGAAAAUAAAUUUUCUUUGGAAAAUGAAUUUUUUUCAUUGGAAAAUAAAGUUUGAUUUAAAUUUUUUUAUUUAAAAUAUGAAGUUUCUUCUGAAUUUUCUUUUUUAGAUAAUAAAGUUUCUUCUGAAAAAUGUCUGUAUUAGAAAAUAGAAUCUUAUUCAGAAAUUUCUUUGUUUGGAAAGGAAGUUUUUUCCGAAAUGUGUCUCAAGUUCUAAAAACUAUCAAUGGAACCUCUCAUUUACCAUAAAAACACUAUACAAACAAAUCGAAAAGUUUCUUCCUAAUUUUCUUCUUUAGAACAUUAAAUUGCUUAUCAAGACUUACUUUAGACUGUGAAGUUUCUUCUGAAAUUGCUAGAAAAUAAUGUUUUCAUUUAAAAACAGGCUCUUUGGUUGUUUUUUUAUUAAAAAAUAGUUUCUGCUGACAAUUCUUCAUGGAAAAAUGAAGUUUCUUCUGAAAUGUCUGCGUUAGAAUAUAGACUUUUCUUAUAGAAAAUGAAGUUUUUUCCGAAAUUUCUUUGUUUGGAAAUAAAGUUUAUUCCAAAAUGUCUUGAUUCCUCCUGAAAUGAAAGUUUCUUAACACAAUGGAGCUUUUUCAGAACAUUUCUUUUGAACAUAUGAAAUAAAGGUACUUGAGAAUUUUUUUCAGCAGAAAAUUAUUUUUUUAUAUAGAAAAUGGAGUUUAUUUCGAAAUUUCUUUUUUAGAAAAAUGUUUCUUCUGACAUAUAUUCGUUAGAACAUUAAUUUACUUCCUGAAUGUCUUCUUUAGACAUGUAUUUGUUAGAAAAUGAAGCUCCUUCUCAAACUUCGUUUUCAGAAAAAAAAUUUUUUCUUAAUUUCAUCUUCAUGCAAAGAAAUAGUUUCCUCAGAUUUUUUUUACAUUACAAAAUAAGUUUGCUUUAUAGAAAAUGAAAAUUAUUUCGCAAUUUUUUCGUUAGGAAUUAAUUUCUUUCGAAAUUUUUUCACUAGCAAAUAAAUUUUCUUCUUUUUCUGUACAGGAAUUUUUUUAUAAAAUGUAGAUUCCUCAAAAAUUUUUCGUUGGGAAAUGAAUUUUCUUCUCAAACUUUUUUAGGAAUUGAAUUUUAAUCCAUUAUUUCUUCACUAGGAAUUUUUUUUAUACUUUUUGAGAAAAUUAAGUUUCUCCUUAAAUGUCUUCUUUAGGCAAUGACGUUUUUUCAGAAAUGUCUUUGUUUGUUGAAAAAUGCAGCUUAUCAGAUAAUAAAGUUUUUAUUUAAUUUCAUCUUCAGGCAAUGGAAUAAAAGUUUUCUCUGAAAUUUAUUCAUUAACAAUAAAAUUUUCUCAUUUUUCUUUAUAGGAAUGGAGUUUCUUCUGACAUCUAUUCGUUAGAACAUAAAGUUUCUUCUCAAAUAUCUUCUUUAGACAACGAAAUGUUUUGAAAAAUCUCAAACUUUGACUUUAGACAAUUUUUUUUCAAUUUCAUCCUCAUACAAAGAAAUGAAGUUUCUUCAGAAUUUUUUACAUUCCAAAAUAAAGUUGUUUUGUAGGAUGUUUCUGUCACAAAAUAAAUUUUUUUCUGAAUUUUCUUCUUUAGAACAUGAAAUUUCUUCUGAAAUGUCUUCUUUAGACAAUGAAGUUUUUUGAGAAAUUUCUUUGUUUGUUCAAAAAGGAAGCUUCUUCUCAAACUACUUUAGAAAAUAAAGUUUUCUCUUCAUACAAUGAAGUUUUUCAUUAAUUUCAACUUCAAGCAACGAAAUAAAAUUUCUUCAGAAAUUUUUUCAUUAAAAAGUUAUUAUCCUCAAAAGAAAAUGAGAAUUAUUCUAUAUCUCUUCAUUACAAACUGUUUCUUCUGAUAUCUCUUCAUUAGAACAAAAAGAUAAUAAAUUUUUCCUUUAAUUUCAUCCUCAGGUAUGAAUGAAGUUUCUUCAGAAAUUGCUUCAUUGAAAAAUAAUUUUUCUCUGAAGGAAAUGAAAAUUAUUUUGUAUUUCUUCGUUAGGAAUUAGUUUUUUCUAAAAUUUCUUCAUAAGAAAAUGAAAAUUUUUCAGAAAUUUCUUGUUCGGAAUAUAAAGUUUACUCUGAAAUUUUUCUGUUACAAAAUAAAGUUUCUUUGUGACAAAAAUCAUUGUUAUAAUUUUGUAAUUUUAAUUUCUUCUGAAAUUUCUUAAAUAUCUAUUUGUAUUUAAUAAUAUAUAUAAGUAGAUUUUUUUAUUCUUCUUCUUCUCUUUUUAUUUUAUUUCAGGUAUCGCAAAAGGGUUCUAGUUCUUCUUGCAUCCAUUUUUUCCUCUUUCCUUUCGAUUUAUUAAUAAAGGUCGUGGACGAGGCUGUAUCAACGAGGUCCUCUUCUUUAUUUUCCAAAAUACUUUUAUAAUUUUAUUAAUCAUUCUUUAAAUGCAAGUUCCCACCCCCCAAUUACGCUACUGUUUAUAAAAUAUUAGAAACUACUUGAUAAUUCGAAACAAAAUUUUAUUUUUCUGCAUUUUUUUUCCAAUUAUCACGAAUCACUGAAGCUCGGAAGUGGAAUUCUAGUCGUUUACUCGGCCAUUAUUCAAGAAAGUAAAAGCCAGUAUUAGCAGAAUUGGAAAUAAUUUUGAAAUUAGUUGAAAUUUAUUUAAAACAUCUUUCGAAAAACCGUCCUCAAAAACUUCUUGAACAAUGGCAAAUAUGAAAAAAAAAUUAUCCUUAGAUGUAUACCAUGUUAUUUAUAUAGUUAAUUGAAGCCUGAUUCAAACUUCUAAUGUUUGUUGGCCUACUAUCAGAAUCUAUAGAUUUUAACAGAAGAAGAAUUACGCUAUUGGCAUAGUCCGAAAUAGAAUAAUUUUUUAAAAGUGUACUUAAAUUUCCACAAAAUAUGGAUUAAGUGGUGUAUUUGUUGUCUUAAAUGAAGUAGCGCCCGGUUUAUGCGGUUUGCAAUUGAAACAAUUCUUUUUAACAAAAAAAUUUUUUGCUAUACCCAUAUAUUCUUUAAAGUAUCAAAUUUUUUGUUAUUAUUUGUAAAUUAACAAAUUAAACCGUAUUUAUACAUAAAUUUAUUUUAUUUUUUAAAAUAUUUUCCUAUAUUUACCGGUAAAAAAGUAAGUGAAAUGCUUAUCUAUUUUCAUGCCAUCCCUUUACCAAAUUGAUCACACUGUUUACCACCAUUACACCAACAAUCCCAAUAACGGAUACCCCUCUGGUGUAAAGUAAGGUCACCCAAAUAGGAUGUCAAAUGUCAGCUGGUUAGUGGCUUUAGUACCAGGGUUGAAAAGAUGUUGUAUAAGGGUUAGGGUGAUUAGUUUUUUUUGCACAAGCAA